UUUAAUAUGUGUGGUUGCUAAUAGCUUUUCGACACAGAAGCCAUCAUCGGCUUGUAAAGUCGAAACCUUUUGUGUGUGUGUUCGUAAUCUCUGUCUCACUCGAUGGCAGCAGCUCGCUUAGUGUUCUCGUUAAGCCGCCUUCCAUCAUCUACUCACGGAAUCAACCGAAAGUUUCAACCUUUUCUCCUAGCUCAAACAGUAGCUCCUUAUCGAGUUCGUGCUCUUCGUUGCCAAGCAACCCCAGAAUCUUCCGAACCCCAGGAGAAAUUGGUAGUAGAUGAUAGCUCAACUAGUGAAACUUCACCUGCCUCGAAGGAAGCUUCUUCUGGGUUUCCUGAGUCUCCGAACAGGGAUGUUAAUAGAAGAGUCGCUGUUGCUUCUGUAGUUGCAGCUUUGGCCUUGUUUCUAUCGACAAGGCUUGAUUUUGGGAUCUCUUUGAAGGAUUUAACCGCUUCAGCGUUGCCUUACGAGGAGGCUUUGUCGAAUGGGAAGCCGACAGUGGUUGAGUUCUAUGCAGAUUGGUGUGAGGUUUGUAGAGAACUUGCCCCUGAUGUUUACAAAAUCGAGCAGCAAUACAAGGACAAGGUUAACUUUGUGAUGCUAAAUGUGGACAACACGAAAUGGGAGCAGGAGCUGGAUGAGUUCGGUGUUGAAGGCAUUCCUCAUUUCGCAUUCCUCGAUAGACAAGGCAACGAGGAAGGUAAUGUGGUUGGGAGGCUCCCGAGACAGUAUCUAGUCGAGAAUGUCAACGCACUUGCAGCCGGGAAGCAAUCAAUUCCGCAUGCUCGUGCCGUGGGACAGUACAGUAGCGCCGAGGCCCGUAAGGUGCAUCAGGUCACUGAUCCCUUAAGCCAUGGAUAGAAAGAGACAGAGACAUCAUAAUCAUUAUAGUGCACAAAAGAAGUAGCAAUGGUUCAUAUUUUGAUCAAUUGUAACUAAAUGUUUGAUAUGUUUGGUUUGGUUAUAAUAC